GCUCCUUAAGCCAGUUACGUCACAUGAGGGCGACACAUUCAUCUUUGUCAGUGAACAAAAUGGCGUCUUACUGCUUAACUGUCACUAGGCUUCGGCUGGCCCUUGGAACCGGGUCAAGGCGUUUUCAUGUCUCCUCAGCCUUCAGUGCCAAGGCCAAGGUGGCCAUGAGCCGCUUUGAGCCUGCCUCAAGCAUAAACUAUGAGAAGAUGCAUGAGAACAUCAACAUUGUGCGCAGAAGGCUCAGCAGGCCUCUCACUCUGUCGGAGAAGAUUGUAUACGGUCACCUGGAUGAUCCAGCAGGCCAGGACAUCGAAAGAGGACGCACCUAUCUGCGCCUGCGUCCAGACCGCGUAGCGAUGCAGGAUGCCACCGCUCAAAUGGCAAUGCUUCAAUUCAUCAGCAGUGGUCUUCCUAGGGUGGCUGUCCCCUCCACCAUCCACUGUGAUCAUCUGAUUGAGGCUCAGAUCGGAGGGCCGGAGGACCUGCAAAGGGCAAAGGAAGUUAAUGAGGAAGUGUACAACUUUCUUGCCACUGCUGCUGCCAAAUAUGGAGUAGGUUUCUGGAAACCUGGAUCUGGAAUCAUUCAUCAGAUCAUCCUGGAGAAUUAUGCCUAUCCUGGAGUGAUGUUGAUUGGUACGGACUCCCACACUCCCAAUGGCGGUGGCCUGGGGUCCAUCUGUAUUGGAGUAGGUGGAGCUGAUGCCGUGGAUGUCAUGGCUGGAAUCCCUUGGGAGCUCAAGUGUCCUAACGUGAUUGGCGUGAAGCUGACCGGAGCCUUGUCAGGCUGGACCUCUCCGAAGGACGUCAUCCUGAAGGUGGCUGGCAUCCUGACUGUGAAGGGCGGUACUGGUGCCAUAGUGGAGUAUCACGGGCCUGGAGUUGACUCCAUCUCCUGCACUGGGAUGGCGACUAUCUGUAACAUGGGUGCUGAGAUUGGAGCCACCACGUCCAUUUUCCCUUACAACCACCGCAUGAAGACGUACAUGGAGAAAACUGGCAGAGGAGAGAUUUCAGCUGUGGCUGAUCAGUUCAAAGAGGACUUGGUCCCAGAUAAUGGCUGUGAAUACGACCAGUUGAUAGAGAUUAACCUGAGCGAGUUGAAGCCCCACAUCAACGGACCAUUUACGCCCGACUUGGCUCAUCCUGUGUCUGAGAUUGGAGCUACAGCCAAGAAGAACAACUGGCCCCUGGAGGUUAAAGUUGGUUUGAUCGGCAGCUGCACUAACUCGAGCUACGAGGACAUGGGCCGUGCAGCCUCUCUGGCCAAGCAGGCUCUGGAUAGAGGCAUGAAGUGUAAGGCCCAGUUCACGGUCACCCCCGGCUCUGAGCAGAUCCGUGCAACUAUCGAGAGAGAUGGAUAUGCCAAGAUCCUGAGUGAUGUUGGUGGAAUCGUCCUCGCCAAUGCGUGUGGACCCUGCAUUGGACAAUGGGACAGGAAGGAUGUGAAAAAAGGAGAAAAGAAUACGAUUGUCACUUCAUACAACAGGAACUUCACAGCUAGGAAUGACGCUAACCCAGCAACUCAUGCUUUUGUCACCUCUCCCGAGAUUGUCACUGCCAUGGCGAUCGCCGGCACCCUUGACUUCAACCCAGAGACAGACUACCUGACGGCCCCCAAUGGAGAGAAGUUCAUGCUGGAAGCCCCCACCGGUGACGAGCUCCCCUCAAAAGACUUCGACCCGGGCCAGGACACCUACCAGUACCCCCCCGCCGAGAGCAGCGCAGUAAUGGUGAACGUGAGCCCAUCCAGCAACCGUCUGCAGCUUCUGGAGCCCUUUGACAAGUGGCAAGGAAAGGACUUGGAAGACAUGAGGGUCCUCAUCAAGGUGAAGGGGAAGUGCACCACCGACCACAUCAGUGCUGCCGGGCCCUGGCUGAAAUUCCGUGGUCACCUGGACAACAUCUCCAACAACAUGCUGAUCGGCGCAGUCAACAUUGACAAUGACGCUGUCAACAAGGUCAAGAACCUCCUGACAGGGGAAUUCGGAGGUGUUCCGGAUGUGGCCCGGCACUACAAGGCCAAUGGAGUGAAUUGGGUGGUGGUUGGAGAUGAGAACUAUGGAGAGGGGUCCAGUAGAGAGCAUGCUGCCCUGGAGCCACGCCACUUAGGAGGACGCGCCAUUAUCGUCAAGAGCUUUGCCAGAAUCCACGAGACAAAUCUAAAGAAGCAGGGCCUGCUGCCUUUGACUUUUGCCGACCCCCAAGACUACGACAAAAUUCGCCCUGAUGACAAUAUUUCAAUCAGUGGGCUGAAAUCCCUUGCUCCCGGCAAGCCCCUGACUGCAGUCAUCACGCACAGCGAUGGCAGCCAGGAGUCCUUCCCUCUUAACCACACCUUCAAUGAGACGCAGAUCGAUUGGUUCAAGGCUGGCUCUGCUCUCAACAGGAUGAAGGAACUCCAGUAAAUGCUGGAAAGGACGGAGGUGGGGCCUGUAGGGGCCAUUGAGAGGCCUUGGCGUGGGUUAGAAAGGGGAGAAAUGUAGGCCUAGAGAGGUGUGGGCGGAUGGUAACCAGACUUGUUGGUUUAGGAGGCAGCUCGAUUGAAGACUACACACAAACAUACACACAAGCUUGCACAUGCACUGUCAGGGUAACUGUGAAAGCCCCCCCCCCCCCC